GCCUAUCACCAUGUUUGGUCAAUCUCGGCCUCCGCCUCCACGUUAUGCCACCCCACCUCCUGGAUUUCAUAUGCCCCCAACUCCUACCUCCUUUUCAAUGCCUCCACCUUCGGAACCAAGACUACUUGCCAUGAGAUUGCCUCUGCCCUCCGUCCCUCCUCCAACCCGCAUCCCUCGGACUUUAGUUAUACCGCUACCAUUGCCUUCUCCCGCCGCUCCCUUAGAACCAAUACCAAGGCAUCCAAUGGCCUGGUCAACGCGACCUCACAUAUCUUGUCCGCCCCCGUCACACCUGCCAACACAUCCAUCACCGCCGCUGCCACGGACGCAGCGGCCUGUAAGCUGUGCACCCACUCCGCAGCACCCAGUCUCCGUGGAUGACACCAUUGAAGCUAACGUAAAUGCGUGGUUGGUUAAAAACGAAGCCCGACUGAAUGCAUUACGCGAACAACGGAUCGCGUCACGCCCCAAACUGCCGGAAUUUCGUUCAAAACUGACCCGCUGGAACCGCUUGUUGGACACACUUCGUGACCUUCGUUCGCAAUCGCUUCCGGUCGAACCGGACACUGAAUCGGAGCUGAUCACACUCGAGGAGGAAUGUUCCGAUCCAGCUUACUUGCAACGUGUUCAAUCGAAACUUCGUUUCAUCCGCAAACGUCGCCGCUAUCGGAAACGUUGCAAGCUCCGUGCGCAAGAAUCCUUGGACUCCGAUUCUGUGACAGUGUUGCCUUCUUCCGUAUCUGAAAUCCUCUGCCACUUGCGUUCUUCGCAGGAGAGAGUUCCACAAGAGUCUUCAGAUCACACGGAAUAUGAGACUACUGCGAUCCAUUCAUCAACCAGUCGCCACUUGAUCGUUCACUUUGCUCUUCGCAGAAAGGAUGAAUGUCUUUACUCUCUGUCUCCCGGCUCGGCUGAUGCACCUUCGCCCUCGGAGCAGAUUGACAUCAAACAGCGUCUACAAUCCAUUCAUUGUUUGACCCUGCGGAUAAAUGAACGACUUUCGCUUCUGGAUUCGUUGACUCGGCUACGAUCAUCGCGUCUAGCUCAAGCACGCCAAAAAGGCGGACUUUUUCCUGAAGCACUGGACUUCGCCUUCAAUGGUAAAAUUUCUGAGUUGCGGACCACUUUGGAGAAGCAACUUGCUCACCUCCAAGUUGAAGAGGAUCGUCUGAAGAAGCACACCGUUGUAAGAAUGACGCCUGAAGGCGAACAGGAACAGAAGAUUGUACAUACUAACGAUGUGCAGCUGUGUUGCGAUCACUUUCCGAGUCUGAUCGCUUGGAAAAAGCGGGCCUUAUUUGGUUCUGAAUACGAUUAUCCUGAUAUUCCUUGGCGUUGGAAACGAUUCUAUCAUCAAGCUGAUUUUGACAUCGCUGACUUACUCAAAAUUCGGUUCGCCUGGGAUGCUUAUCUAGCACCUGCAGCCGGUCGCCCUGAUUCUGGCAGUCCAUCUCAGCAAGACGAAGCCUCAAUCAAUUCGUCACCACUGCUAACUUCAUGGAUCCUGCCUCCGAGUCUGGGAGCACCUGACGAUCCGUGGUCUGGAUACCUACGCGAAUUUCUUACCGAUGCUAGUACAGGCACAUCAAACUAAAUAUUGAUCUCUGGUUUCUACGAACUGUCCAUAUGUAUAUCGUGUUCCCCCGGUGACUUUGUCCUGGCAUUUUCUGGUUCCCUGGUCGCUUUGAGUCGGAUUUCAGUAACAAUGCUUAUUUUUAUAUGUUGAUGGCUUCAGUCACCGCGAAACACUUGUGCACGAUCUCAUUAGCUUUUGAAUGUUUGCAGUCUUUUAAUGAAUUUUCUUACGGAUGGAUACUUACCAUGCUCGACAAAAUUCCUUUAUGUCCGUUCCACCAUUGUAGGUCUCUUAAACUGUGCGCAUUCCUGUUGAAUAUUGAGAAUAGAGAGCGAGAAG